GGGUCUUUUUUUUGUGUAUAUUUUUUCAGUUUGUUUGCAUCAGAACUAAAUAUGGGCUUUUGUCAAUGACAAACGAGGAUGUUUGUAUGAUCUUCGCGACCAUAACCUCUCCCUGCAGGUUGAAGAUUUAACUAGUGUGUAUAGUUGUUGAUCUUGUCUUCAACUUGGCAUAAAAAAGGAGCAUACGAGGUUCGUAGGAUGCAAACCUUAUCCAUCAAAGACACCACUGCUGACUCGCUCCCAACGUUGUUCGCCACCCGAACACCUAUGUGGUUCUCCAACAAGCAGCCCGUCUCCAAGAGCGUAGAAACCACAAAAGACCGCAGUUAUUACCAUCUCAAGCUGUCUGAGCCACAGUGCCAAGACCAAGAUUCUUCCUCAACUCUGUCCACGGAUCAGUCUCACCAUGAAGGGUCUAAUUCAGCUGGAAGUGACGUGCAGAUGCCAUCUCAGCUCGGUGCAACUUGUUGCGGAAACGCAGAGUAUUUCAACAAUCAAUCAUUGGAUUGGGCAUCUUACUCCAUGGCUGCACCUUAUUUUGGCAGGAAUAGGAUAGCAACUGCAUAUGAUCCGAAUUGUGUUAUGAUUGGAGCCGGGCAAGGAAGGGCCGUGCUGCCUCUGGAUGGCGAUCAAGGCGUUCCCAUGCUUGUCAACGCCAAACAGUACCACGCUAUUCUCAGGCGUCGUCAAACCAGAGCUAAACUCAUGGCUCAGAACAAGGUGGCAAGGACAAGAAAGCCAUAUCUCCACGAGUCUCGCCACCACCACGCUCUCAGGAGAGCACGGGGAUCCGGGGGGCGCUUCUUGAACACGAAGAAGUCCAGCCCCACUGCUCAAGAAUCCGAGAUCCAGCACCCCUGGGGCACAUCCACCUCUGGCUCUGAUGGCUCGUGCAUAUUCAACAACGACGAGUUCUUCCAACAGCUGCGCAUGGGGACAAAACCGCAUAUGAUGGCACGCAACAACAUGCUACUGUGCGCGCAAAUCCACAGCACAACCUGAUUGUGUGGUUAACCGGCAGUUCAUCCUUGGCUAUACUUGUUUUUUUAGCUAAAUUAUUUUGCUAUGGAGCUUUCAAAUGAACUCAUCUUUGUGCUAGAUUUUGAAAAUAUGGUUUGCUUGAUUUAGGUGCA